AUGUACCUCGUAUGGGACGGCAACUUUCGUCAACAUACGCGACCCAAAAAGGUGGAUAUGGAGGACCAGAGCCUAUACCGUGGUGCGAGCUACUUUGCAGACAGCAAAGACCUGGAGAAGCACUUGAACCUGAUCGGAGAGGAGGACAAAGAGGUGAGAAGGCCCGUUGAUACGUGUGCGCACACCGCGAACGGUCGCUGGCCUAGUGUGGGCGUUUGCCAACACGGUUUAGUACUGGGUGGGAGCGCCGUCAACCUGUCGAAGGGAGAACGGUUUGCAAUGGUAGACUUCUCCAUGAUGUCGGCGUGGGCGCCAUACCACGCCUUGCUGAGAAUGAAGAUGUGGGAUGAUGUGGGAUGCAUGUUCGACGUCAACCUGCAAAAGCGACUGUGCAAGAGGCGCCGCAGCCCGGGGGACCUGAACAGUGAGAACCUACCGAAGAUCGAAGUGGCCAUCGGCGACUUCCACAUAGGAGCGCACAAGACAGAAUCGCAAACCCAGAGAGACCUAUACGACGUCGCGGUGGAAUGCUGUAAAGACCAGAAACGGUACUACGAAGGCCUCGAGGCCAGCCUGAAGAAACAUCGACCAGAGCUUCUGGAGCAGUGGAAAGGAGAGUUUAAGACGUGGGAAGAAGAGGUGGUGGACAUGGACAAACGCAAGAUGGAGGGGUUUCAGAACCCCUUCGAGCUGAAGGAAGACUCAUCCACGAUGGAAGCCACCGCAGACCGCCUACACUCGGGCGAGGAGAAGCUCGAGACUGCGGCUCCAGUCGACGACGACGAGAUGAAGGACUCCGUGGGUGUCAUUGAAGACGCCAUCAAGCUGGAGGAUGAAAGGACGUGUCUGUUGGAAGAACUGAUGCAGCCCAAGGUAGGGGAUACGCCGAGGAAGCUCAGGGGGCUACAACAACAAGUCCAGAUUUUCGCCGCAGAGGCCAGCGAGAUGGAAGAAAGAUACAAGCUUCACGUAUCCCCCUCUCUCUCGCAUGCGACAAACAAAAUCCGCACGACGCAGGCCCAACUCCCGAACAGCUUCCCGCUGGACCCAGAGACGGAGAAGCCCCUGCCCAAAGACCUCUCUAACGUCCCCAACGAGCUUGCGCGAACCUGGUGUCGGCCUGACGCAUCGAAAGAGGAUGCGGGACGCGCGAAAGAGCCAGCAAUUCGUCGCGAGGAGACCAGAAUCAAAUACACCGAAGCGCGCAGCAAGAUGGCGCGGUUGACGAAGGAGGAGAAGGAUCCCCACCUGCAGGCCUUGAAGUCCGUGGAGGCGGAUACGCAGAUCUUCACUUUAGACCACACAGAUCGCAAGAGAGGCGACACUCACCGUACCCCAGACUGGAUAUGGGGAGAUCUCGAAUGGCUGUUUCAAAUGAACGACAAUGAAAUUCGAAAGAUACUUCCCAAUGCUUUGGGGCAAUAUCGUUGGCAGGAAGAGAUCUAUCUACGACCCGAAGAAAUGUAUCGCAUGUUCGCCACAUACGACUUUCACAUCACGCGAUUCGACAAACUCGCCGAGGAUGCGAAGAAACACCAACCGGGUGAUACGACAAAUAAGACGUCACCGCGACUGGGCGCCGCGACAUUCUACUAUAGGAAGAAGCACAGCUGGGAGAAGCUCAAGGAGGCGGCGCAGGAGGAAUGUCCCGAGCACCUGUACAAGGACACCAUGGGCCUCCCUGAAAAGGAGUAG